AUGCCAAUCCGACUUCUCCAUACAAAAGACUUGACCUUCAAGGACUGCAGAGGGACGAGGAUCCCACGCUAUGCUAUUCUCUCCCAUCGAUGGCGAGAUUCCGAGAUCAGCUACCAGGACUUCAUGGAACGCCAAAGCAAUCGUGGACAUGGCCAGGUCGGAUUUCAUCAAGGCCACGACAAAGUCAAGAACUUCUGUCAGAUGGCAUCAGACCGCGGCUUCUACUACGUCUGGAUCGACACAUGCUGCAUCGAUAAGAAAAGCAGUGCCGAGUUGACCGAAGCAUUGAAUUCCAUGUGGGAGUGGUAUCGUCAGGCAGACGAAUGCUAUGCCUUUCUCUGGGACUUGCCGAAUCUGCAAAGGACUAGAGGUCAGCCAUCAACUCCAGAAAUCGAUAAGGCUCUGCGAGUCAGUGACUGGUUCACGCGCGCCUGGACCUUGCAAGAACUACUCGCGCCGACAAAAUUGUACAUCGUGACCCGGGAAUGGCAAAUCCUAGGUUCCAGAGAUGGUGGGCUCACACCUAUCUUGUCCGAGAUCACUGGGAUCGCGCCGCAGUAUCUGACCGGACAUACGAAUGUACAUUCCGCGAGUAUCGCCACACGUAUGAGCUGGGCAGCUAGAAGGACUGCCACAGAGAUCGAGGACACGGCAUAUUGCUUACUAGGUAUCUUUGAUGUGAACAUGCCUCUACUGUAUGGUGAGCGGGAGAAAGCAUUCAUGAGACUACAGCGAGAAAUCAUUCUCAAAUCUGACGACGAGUCAAUCUUUGCCUGGCGAGACUCGGGACGUACCAGUGGCAUGCUAGCACGAUGGCCCACUUGCUUCGCUGACUCGGGCCACGUCGUUGUGUUGAGUGUCAGCCCUACAUUGAGACUACACUAUCAUAUAAGCAAUAAAGGUCUGGAGCUGCAAGUGCCAAGAAAUGAGGUCGAGCCGCGCGAGAUAAAGCAACGUGAGAUCAAUCCUGCACGGGACGAUUUCGUGUACGAACCAGCGCCAAUGUUCGUAAACAAGGCAGGCAGCAAGACUGUCCACCUUGCUUGCGAAGCUGUGACGAACGAGAGGGGAUCGUCCAGACGUAUUAUUGGUAUUCAGCUCAGGUCGCAGGGCCAUGCAUGGCACAGGGUUAAUUGCGAUAAGUGGGAAGAAGUACGACAAACGCCCAUGAGAAGUGAAACUUUAAAAGCCAAGUAUUAUGUUAUACAGCCUGACGCGGUCUGCGGCAUCGUUGCGUAUAACAUCUAUCAACCAUGCCAUCCCCUCUGCAUUUGUCCAGUCUUUGUGGACGAAGACCUGCCCAUAACGAGCCAGUCGAAUGCUUGGUAUGGUAUACCUCGUCGUGCAUACGGCUUAGGGGUGGAUUCGUUUAGAAGAGCCAAGGAGGGCAUGCAGAUCUAG